AUGUGGAGGCUCAAGGUUGCAGAUGGAGGCAAUGAUCCCUACAUCUACAGCACCAACGACUUCGUGGGAAGACAGAUAUGGGAGUUUGAUGCUGAUUAUGGAACCCCAGAAGAGCGAGCUGAGGUCGAAGCAGCUCGUGAAAAUUUCUGGAACAUUCGGUUUCCAGUUAAGCCCAGCUGUGAUCUUCUCUGGCGAAUGCAGGUGUACACAAAUCUUCCUGAAGAUAAGCCACAUAAUGUCAAUACUGCUUGGGCUGUGUUGGCUCUCAUUGAUGCUGGACAGGCUGGGAGAGAUCCAAACCCACUACACCGUGCUGCAAGGAUAUUAAUAAAUUCCCAAAUGAAGAAUGGAGAUUUUCCUCAGGAGGAAAUCAUGGGAGUCUUCAACAAGAACUGUAUGAUCAGCUAUUCUGCAUAUCGGAACAUUUUUCCUAUAUGGGCACUUGGAGAAUACCGGUCUCGGGUGCUUCAUUCUUCCUGAAAAUGUAAUUAUAACGUUCCAAAGAAUGAGAUGCAUGCUUGUCUACUGAGUGUAGCCCUUGUCAUGUUUAUAGCGAAUAAGGGUCCCAGCUGGGACUUUUCUGUUUUGUGUUGCUUGAAUUUUCUAGGAAAAGAAACAUUAUUGGGUUUAAGAUAAUAUGUGGCUAUAGGGUCUAAGAUAAUCUGUAAGAAACCUAAGCUUAUCUUGAUUUUGAUCCAUGGAAAGGCAUGUAC